AUGUGUAGGGGCGAACCGCUCACAGACACUGGCAAGAGACUACAACUGCUGAAGAUUCUCUCCCUUACCCUUCUGCCCAUUCUUGGUCUAUGGGCGUUCACAGUGUACAGCUUGUCCGACAGUAUACAGGGCAAAUCAGACAUCGAACAGACUCAAUAUGCCGUAGAGUUCAGUGUGGAGAUCGGCAUGUUCCUCGAUCGGAUCCAGCGAGAACGCGACAUGUCCGUGCUAUAUUUGUCCAUCCUGGGGCCCGAGACGAAGACGUUCCUCAUGAACGAGUAUCUGCUCACUGACCAGGCGCUGGACCAUCUUUCAGACUGGCCAGUCAGAAACGACAUCCAGCCUAUCUUCCAGUCGAGGAAAGAAUUCAAGAAGUUUCUCAACGAACAUAGACAAAAUCUGGAUCCCAGCAAUUACGACAUCUACGUAGAGAUGGAGUUCUAUAGUUUCCUCAUUGAGCGCUUCAUCGAGUGGAUGUACGGCGCCAUCAAAGAAUCCAACAUGGCGUCCAUCUGGAAGAUUCUGGUGGCUUAUCAGAAGAUUGUCACAGUCAUGGAACAUAUCGGCAUAGAGAGGGCGCUCGGAACGGUGAGAAACUAUUAUCUUUGGGUAUUACAAUCGAUUCUUUUGUUUUCAUGCAUUUAUAAAAAAAAAAAUUUUCUUCAAAAACCGAAAAACCUGUCCUUUUACGCCCUCAACCGCGGUAACCCCGUCUCUUUGUCUCAGGAGUGUUCCCCGCUGGAGAUCGUCAACUUGCUCAACAAUCUGUACACUGAGAUUGACCAACGGCUUGACCACCAUGACGUGUACAAAGUGGAGGCUAUCAACGACAGCUACAUGGUCGCUUCUGGUUUACCAACCCGUAUAGGAAACAGACACUCGGCAGAAGUAGCGAACCUGGCCCUGGAUCUCCUCAGCAUGGUGGUAGACAACCGUUUCUCUACACCUCUAGACAGAAUGAUACAGCUACGGAUUGGCAUGAACACAGGUCCUUGCAUGGCUGGCAUUGUCGGCACCAUCAUGCCACGGUACUGUCUCUUUGGGGAUGCUGUCAACACAGCCUCCAGAAUGAAAAGUUAUGGAUCAGGUGAGAGUCAAGAUAGCUCCCUUUCUACGCUUAUUGUCCAGCAGUGCUACAACUCGAGGAAGUUCAGCAUGUUCGCUCUGCAUGGCUCCAAGAACACACAGGUAUCCCUGGCCUCCCAGCUGGGGCACAGCGACAAAACGGAGGGCGAAGCGGGCGGACUCAGCACGAUGCGAAGCCCCGCAACCCGACCCAAAUCCGACAACCUAUCCCGCAGCUCGAUUCACGAAAAUGUGGUGGGAGGACCGGGAGGAGGGGGCGGGACCGGAGGGCCCGGGGAGGUUGGCGGGAAGAAGAGUCUUCACCGGUUUUUCAUACACCCUGAGAAUAUGACGCUGCAUACGGUCAGCGAAGUGGCGGAGAAGACUGGAGGGAAGGAAGGGUCCAAGGAUGUCAAGGGGGUGUUAGAGUCCGCGGAGGGGGACCAGGAUGCUGAUGACGAGGGGGAGCACGAGAGCCGAGAGGGAGACAACGAUACUGGCAGUCACAACCGAGCCACCGGCAAAGCCGACGAAUCGGAGCGUCCGGAGUCUGUAGCCACGCCCAUCAAAGACGGAGAGUGA